CGCGCGUUUGCAAUGCUAUGCUAUGCUAUGGUUUGGGUUGUGUUGUCUGUAAGUGUUGUGCAGAACAGAUGCGAAUACUAGGAGUUGAUUGAGGGCUAACUUAUAUACACUUUCUAGUGGCGAGCAUUUCAUACAUACAACAAACUCUUAUCCCUAUCUACCAGUGCUCUCCAGUCCUCUCCCUCCCGGUGCUCAUUGCAACACAACCUUAGAGUUGGAUUCUGUGUAUUCCAACGCUAGUUAGAUAUCGACGUCCUAUUGUUGUUCACACAAACACACACUCACACCACACAUACCAUUCCUUACACACACUUACAGUGGGCUCCCGAACGAGACAGUACUGGCGUGUAAUAUAAAGGGCCACUGAUCUCACAGCGAAACACAAGACAACUUUUUUCUUUUCUACCACUUUAUAUUUUUUCGUCUCUUUUUGCAAACCACUGGCACACCGGUAGGCCAUUGAGUGCCACCACUGCCUCCGACACACGAAUCACUAGUUAAAGAAGACACUGGUAUUUGUGUGCCUAUUAUUAGUGGAUUCACAUCCAAACAGUCAGUCAAAUAUCAGUGCGAAACACAUUGAAAUUCACACAAUGAAAGACUUGAGUCAAACGCCGAGACAUCAGUUGCCGCAGUCAACAGCGCCCGGCGCUCAGCCCUCAGAGCUCUGGCCGGUGGGCGUCAAGUUGGGUAUCGUUCGGUUGGGUCGGGCGGCCGGAAAGUUAAAAUAUACGCUUUUGGAUGAACACGAUAUUGUGUUGGCCCGAGAGUACAGCUUUGAAUUAAAAUAUACGCUUUUGGAUGAACACGAUAUUGUGUUGGCCCGAGAGUACAGCUUUGAAGCUCGACUGGAAAUCGAUCGCAACGGCAACGGAGCCGUCAUAUUUGCGUACGCCUUCACAAAUGGUCGGCGCCGGUCGUCAGCCCGCUAUUUACAAGACGUGAUCUGGGAAUCACAUUACGGCCCGAUUCCCGAUCGCAUGCGAGUCGUGCACCGAAAUUACAUAUCGAUGGACAACCGUUUGGACAAUCUGUGUGUAGUGCCCGCCGGCGACGCCUACUUGUGGUACAACAGCCUCUGGCGGACGCAUAACUCAUCCAAUAAUAAACAACAUCCGCCGCACUCGCAGUCCACCGGCGCCCCCGUGACCAUCGCCGCCACCACUACCGAACAGCACCUGAGCCUAUACUGGGCCGCAAUCCAACAGUUGCCUCCCGAACACCUCCACAAUGAACAUUCAUCGUUUGAAAGUACAAAAUGUUUUGAUGCCAACGGAGAUCUGGUCGAUGAAGACGUGCCCGCCGGCGACGCCUACUUGUGGUACAACAGCCUCUGGCGGACGCAUAACUCAUCCAAUAAUAAACAACAUCCGCCGCACUCGCAGUCCACCGGCGCCCCCGUGACCAUCGCCGCCACCACAACCGAACAGCACCUGAGCCUAUACUGGGCCGCAAUCCAACAGUUGCCUCCCGAACACCUUCACAAUGAAGUGAUUAUUAACUUGUUUGUUAAAAAAAUUUAA